GGUAAAAAUCAGAAGCCGCUUUGCGCGCAUUGAUUUAUAAUUGUUGUGAUAUAGUGCGGGAUGUGAUCGUCCUGUUCAUAUCGUUCCGUUAUUGCUUGUUUGCGAUAAAUUUAAAGUAACUUCAACAAUUAAUCCAUUUAUUCCGAAACAUUAUCUGUUAGUUAAGAGACAAGAGGUGAUAAUGGACACGGAUAUAAGAGGAGGCGAUCACGGAGAUAAUGAACGUCUCCAUGCUCAACUAAAAAAAAUAGGAAUCGGUCGGCGAUAUCUGUGCGAACGUUUUUUCAAUCAAUCGUACGAAUAUUGCAGACUUUUUGAGUGCAAAGGUGUUACUGUCGAAGAUGAAGAAGUACUUUGUCAUCAAAUAUUGGAGUCAUUCCAAUGUAAUGCCUGCCCGGAAAUCUUUGAUAACCUAUUCGAUUAUCAGUUACAUUACAAUGAUCUGCAUCAUCUUGUCUGUGCUGAAUGCAAGAAAAAGAGACCAACUGCUCGUCUUUUGGAAAUACAUGUCCAAGAAACGCACGACAGUUUUUUCCAAGUGAUGGCUGAGAAGCAACCAAUGUACCAAUGCUUUGUAUCGCAUUGUGAUGUCAAAUUCAAAGAUCCUCUGGAACGAAGAAAUCAUUGCAGGAAAGUUCACCUGUUUCCAAAACGUUAUAGGUAUGAUGAGUUGGAUAAAACAACAUCAAAAAAGAAAGCUAGUGAGAAUGAAACACCUAUGGAGACAGAUCUGAUCGAACCUAGAGCAAAUAAAAAAAAAAGUGUUUACCUUGGCAAGAAUCUUCCAAAAGCUUUUACAACAGAAAAGUUUGAAAUAAUAAAACCUGCAACUUCUACUACGGAUGAUCCAAAACCCGAAAAGAAAAUGUCACUGGUUACCAUGUUUGUACCCACUCAAGUAAGACGAAAAUCAUUCGCAAAAACUCUUACUGGCGACAAAACAAUGGAAAAAGAUGUUCUUGAAUCGGAAAGUAUAAUGGAUCUAGCAGAUUCAUUACCAACCACCAAAUAAUCGACAGUUUUCUACGUAGAAGGAAGUGAUAAAUGGAGCGCUGUACACAAUUCACAAAGACAUGAAGGCUGCUUUGAUGGCGAUCUCGUCCUCCUUGGCUCUCCUGGCAUCUCUGGACCUUUUGGCGGCCUCGUUGUUCUUCCUCCUUCUUUCCCAGUAAGCUUCGUCUUUGUCGCUGCAAGUGCUGGUGGGCAGCAUGGGACUUUUGCUCAUACGGCGCAUCUUGAUGUUGGUGCCCUCGUUCGUCCUCUUCACGCAGUCCAACAUUUUGUUACGGAAGUCGGAGUACUUCUCCUUCAACUCCUGGUCGAACAUCAUGUUCGGGCUCAAGGUGAGAGACAGCGCAUCCUUAGGGUAGGCCUUGAAUGGCCUUGGAGCCUUCUUGCUUUCUUCGGAGGAUACGUUCAUCUGUUGGACAUCGCGAGGGGACGGCGGCGUGGGUAUCUGCAUCGACGGCACCGGCACCGGCACAUGAUUGUUGACCUGGGACAGCAGCGUCGGAAGCACCUGUGGA